UGUGAUUGGCUGGGCUGUCAGAGCUCGCGGAGCAUUGUGGGAAGAUGGAGAGCAGCGUGGGGAAACUGGAGGAAGCGGCGCUCAAACGGAAAGAGAGACUGAACGAGCUGAGAAAGAAACGGGUAAAAGAUGACGACGAGCCGGAGAAUAAGGUACUGAUCGGGGAAGAGGAGGAAAAGCACAAGGAGCUGAAACUGAGGAAUUAUACCCCCCAGGAUGACGAACUCAAACAGCGACAGGUGCCGCAAGCUAAACCAAUCUCAGUGGAGGAGAAGGUGAAGGAGCAGCUUGAAGCAGCCAAGCCAGAGCCGAUAAUCGAGGAAGUUGACCUGGCUAAUCUUGCUCCAAGGAAGCCGGACUGGGAUCUUAAGAGAGAUGUUGCCAAGAAGCUGGAAAAGUUGGAGAAGAGAACCCAACGAGCAAUUGCUGAAUUAAUACGUGAAAGGUUAAAAGGACAGGAGGAGAAUCUGGCAACAGCGGUGGAAUCGGGCAUCAGCAGUGGAAUCAGGCAGGAAAAUUCGGACUCUGACUGAUGAUGUUAUGAAAUGCGUGAAAUGUAUUGCGGUGGCUUUUGGAAGGGGAUGGCACAGCAACAAAAAACCUUCAACACGCUGACCUUUAACCUCCUCUAAUGUUUAGGGAAAACACCAGCCUAUAUUUCGAUGGCGUGGGAGGCCCAUAGCUGCUGUAUAAAUGAAUUCUGAGACUUGUUUAUAGAAUGGAUGACCCUUCCAGAUGGGUUGGAUCAGCCAGUCAUAGAUUCACAUUAUUUUGGGAGGUAUAGUUCCAGCACAGCUGGGCAGCUGUUGGUUAGGGUGCACACUGUAAAUGUUAGUGAAUUACAAUAAACGUGGGCAGUGUGGCUUUUUUUUUUUUUUUUUUUUUAUAAUAAAUGCACAUUUUUAUUUUUAUAAACUGUGGUUGGAAUAUUUGCUGUGUAUCACAAUGUCACUAAGAGAUCUGGUAGUAACAAUGUCUCGUGUCCGUUGUCCUCUCUUCCCCACUUCACUGAUUCAUUCACUAGUCCCUCAGAAGAGGCGCUUGGACCAAAUGUUAAUGUUUCAAGAUCAACGUUUUGUUCUUUUAAUCUGCUCCACUAAUAUUACCGUUUGGUGAGAUUUAAAGCGGCAGUAUUGACAUAUUUGAGAAGCCUAAACUUUCGAUUGAAAUAUAAAAUGCAUUGCAAACCGUAGCAGAUUUUGCUGUUGCUACUCAUAUGUGUUAUAUAUAUUAUUAAUAAAGCCUUAACACAGUGAACGUGUGAGCAUUUCCUAUGUGUUGCCUUCAAGCUUGGACCGUUCCGGCGCACCGUGUGUUAAAACAUAAAUUCAUCCCUUUCUAAUCAUCUACAAGUGACAUUUUUUUUCUCCUCUCAAUUCAAAGUACUAAUCCACACCUAUAAAGCACUGAACGAUUCUAAC